AUUUUCUCCCACUGCCGGGCAAUGGGCUUCCUCUCAUCACCAUAUUUGGUGUGAUGGGAAACACCAACCAGAUGAUUCACAUUUAUACAUCCGGUGAAAUAUCUGGCUCAUUGUUUUAUCUGUGUUGCUGUAUUCCAUUCCUUCCUGAAAGGGACCUGAGCAGAAAUUCAGGAGUUGUGCUUGUCACUGUGACAACAGUGCGGUGAGUGAGGUUGUCUGAAAUGAUUUAUAUGAUGUGGAGCAGUCUUCUUCGAUUGUUUUGGUAAAGGUCACAGGGUCGCGUUGAAAGCACCCUGAUUUGAAGUAACGUUACCCUAGGAGACUUGCUAAGGAAAAUCAAGAGUGGCCAAGAUUCUGAAGUGGGUGUCAAAGAACUGCCAAGAGUUGAUCUCACAAGCCAGAACAUUGUCUUAAAAAAGUAUAGCCAGUGUGCAGUUAAAUGCAGCUCAACCUCUGUGUUUGCAAAUGGCUUGCUGUCUGAAGGAUGAGCUCCUGUGUUCCAUCUGCCUGAGUAUCUACCAGGACCCUGUCAGUUUUGGCUGUGAGCACUAUUUCUGCCGAAAGUGCAUCACUGAGCACUGGAGCAGACAGGAGCCCCACGGUGUACGAGACUGUCCUGAGUGCAGGAGGACCUUCGCAGACCCUCUUCUCUCCCCAAGCCUCAAGCUGUCCAACAUCGUGGAGCGCUACUCAGCCUUCCCGCUGGACGCCAUCCUCAACGCGCAGAGGAGCUCCUAUCCCUGCAAGGACCACGAGAAGGUCAAGCUUUUCUGCCUCAGCGACAAGAGCCUGGUGUGUUUCUUCUGUGACGAGCCAGCCUUACACGAGCAGCAUCAGGUCACCACUAUUGACGAGGCCUACGAGGAGAUACAGAGGGAGAUGAAGGAGCAGCUGGCCACUCUGCAGGACAGUGAGAAGGGACACACCGAGGCCCUGCAGCUACUGCAGAGACAACUCACUGAGACCAAGUCGUCGGCCAAGGGCCUGCGUGCGACCAUCGGCGAGGCAUUUGAACGCCUGCAGCGGUUCCUGCGAGAGCGCCAGAAGGCCAUGCUGGAGGAGCUGGAGACGGACACGGCGCGCACGCUCUCCGACAUCGAGCACAAGAUCCAGCGCUUCAGCCAGCAGCUGCGUGACGUCAAGGAGGGCAUCGGCAUCCUGCAGGAGCGCCUCAACGAGACGGGACGCCACGACUUCCUGGAGGGCGUGGCCCUCACCUCCGAGAGGUGCUCUGCUUACUGUCUGACUGACCUUGGAUCAGCUCUUCUUCCAAAAAGCCACAGUCCUAAACUUUUGAUAAAAGGAAAGAUACAUGAGACCAAUCUAACAUAUGAAGAUUUCCCGACCUCCAAGUACAUGGGGCCCCUGCAGUACACAAUAUGGAAGUCUCUCUUUCAGGAUAUUUCACCAGUGCCAGCAGCUUUGACCUUAGACCCCAUCACAGCCCACCAGAGACUCAUCCUAUCAGAUGACUGCACCAUCGUAGCCUAUGGUAACCUGCACCCCCAGCCCCUGCAGGACUCCCCGCGGCGCUUCGACGUGGAGGUGUCUGUGCUGGGGGCCGAGGGCUUCGGCUCCGGGGUGCACUACUGGGAGGUGAUGGUGUCAGAGAAGACCCAGUGGAUGAUCGGCGUGGCCAACGAGACGGUCAGCCGCAAGGGCAGCAUCCAGAUCCAGCCCAGCCGCGGCUUCUACUGCGUCGUCAUGCACGACGGCAACCAGUACAGCGCUUGCACCGAGCCCUGGACCCGCCUCAACGUCAAGAGCAAGCUGGAGAAGGUGGGCGUGUACCUGGACUACCCCAAGGGCCUGCUGGUGUUCUACAAUGCUGACGACAUGUCCUGGCUGUACACCUACAGGGAGAAGACUUUCCCGGCCAAGCUCUGCCCCUACUUCAGCCCUGGGCAGAGCCACGCCAAUGGCAAGAACGUCCAGCCGCUGAGAAUCAACACCGUGCGUCUAUAAGAGCCACACACAGGGUCACUCUACAGAUCGGCUUGCUCACCUCAACCCUCCCUGAGGUUAGGAUACCAACGAUGAUGACGUAACUAAGAUCCUAAAGACGGCUUGUUUUUUUAAAUGAUGAGAGGGGGGGGGGGGGGGGGACAGGGUGUUUGACU